AUGUCAGCAUUGUGUGAAGCAACUGGUGCUGAUGUCACGCAAGUGUCACAUGCUGUUGGGAAAGAUACGAGAAUCGGUCCCAAUUUCUUGAAUGCGAGUGUCGGGUUUGGUGGGUCAUGUUUCCAGAAAGAUAUCCUUAACUUGGUGUAUAUUUGCGAGUGCCAUGGACUUGCUGAGGUCGCAAACUACUGGAAACAGGUUAUCAAGAUCAAUGACUACCAAAAGACGAGAUUCGUGAACAGGAUCGUUUCGUCGAUGUUCAAUACUGUGUCCGGGAAAAAGAUUGCAAUUUUAGGAUUUGCAUUUAAGAAGGAUACUGGAGAUACAAGAGAGACACCAGCAAUUGAUGUUUGCAAAGGGUUGAUCGGUGACAAGGCAAAGAUCAUCAUUUAUGAUCCUCAGGUUCAGGAGGAGCAGAUAACGAGGGAUCUGGCAUUGAAGAAGUUUGAUUGGGAUCAUCCAAUUCAUCUCCAGCCAAUGAGCCCAACCUCAGUGAAACAUGUUGCUUGUGUUUGGGAUGCUUAUGAGGCCACAAAAGGAGCUCAUGGGAUUUGUAUUUUGACUGAGUGGGACGAGUUUAAGUCGCUUGAUUACAAGAGGAUCUUCGAUGGGAUGGAGAAGCCUGCAUUCGUGUUUGAUGGAAGGAAUGUCGUGGAUGCUGAGAAGUUGAGGAAGAUUGGGUUCAUUGUUUAUGCUAUUGGGAAGCCUUUGGAUGCUUGGCUAAAGGAUAUGCCUGCAGUGGCUUAG